CGCCGACGAGCAGCAGAAACGCAACGUCGCCGCCGCCCUCUUCGACGCACCGAACAAUAUGGAGUCGAUGCGCUAUCUCGGAUCCCUCGCCGGCCACAAGGGCUGGGUUACGGCGGUUGCCACAUCGUCGGAGAACCCUGACAUGAUCUUGACUGCUUCACGAGACAAGACUAUCAUUGUCUGGCAGUUAACUCGCGACGAGGAUUCCUACGGCUAUCCCAAGCGCAUGCUCCACGGCCAUAACCACUUCGUUUCUGACGUUGUUAUCUCCUCUGACGGCCAAUUCGCGCUCUCCUCUUCCUGGGACCACACUCUUCGCCUCUGGGAUCUCAAUACUGGCCUCACCACUCGUCGUUUUAUUGGACACACCUCUGACGUCCUGUCUGUCAGCUUCUCCGCUGACAACAGGCAAAUCGUCUCUGGUUCUCGCGACAGGUCCAUUAAGCUUUGGAACACUCUCGGCGAAUGCAAGUAUGAUAUCAAGGAAGACGGCCAUACCGAGUGGGUCUCCUGCGUGCGCUUUUCUCCCAACGUCCUGAACCCCGUCAUUGUCUCCUGCGGUUGGGACAAGGUCGUCAAGGUUUGGGAACUCCAGAAGUUCAAGCUCAAGACCAACCACUACGGCCACACGGGCUACAUCAACACUAUCUCCGUUUCCCCUGAUGGUUCGCUUGCUGCUUCCGGUGGCAAGGACGGUAUCACCAUGCUUUGGGACCUCAACGAGGGCAAGCACCUCUACUCACUUGAGGCCGGUGACAUCGUCAAUGCCCUCGUCUUCUCCCCUAACCGUUACUGGCUGUGCGCUGCCACUGCCACUUGCAUCAAGAUCUUCGACCUUGAGAGCAAGUCGAUCGUCGACGAGCUCAAGCCUGACUUCGCGCAGAGCGCGGGUGCUCGAGAGCCGGAGUGUGUCUCCCUCUCCUGGUCCGCCGAUGGCCAGACCCUCUUCGGUGGCUUCACUGAUGACCUCGUCCGCGUAUGGACCGUCACCUCAUGAGCAGCGUGACGGCCUCGCUGGUUCGUUGGGGGUUCAUCAUCGCUUUCCUCGCGCUUUUAUUGCUUGUCUCACCCAAAAUCAAAAGCAUUUCAUUGCGCUAGCUCUGUUGCCGGUCAUGUGUAAGAUUGCUGUUGUACACUGAGUAUUCGUUUACUGGAGUGCUAGUAUCCUCUGAACAGACCGUGGAUCUCUUCAGGUAUUCUAGAUAAGUUGGGUCUUU